GCCACUGGCUUACGACAUGACACGACUCCAAAUUGAUUAAAACUCGUAUGGCGGGAAAUCGCUUGUCAAUGCGUUCUAUGAUUAAAUAUCUCUACAUAACUGUGCCAUGAAUAAUGUAUAAUUUUUUUUUAUAACAGUGCGUGACCGUGCUCAUUACAUAUUAAUUUCUAAUUCGUCUAUAAAUAUAUAAUUGUCAAUAUUUUUGUAUUACUUGUCAAAUUAGGUUAUCUCAUGCAAACUGUGUUCAUGAUGAUAAAUAUUAGUUUUUAUAAAUACAUAAUCGACCUUUAACUGAAUUCAGCUAAUUAAAUUUAAUUCACGAUGGAUAUUUUGCCUACGCAAAUGAUUGAAGAUGAUUUCAUGCCGACACAGAAUCUAUCUCAUUUAUUACCGUAUGAAGCAACGCGAGAGAAAAUACAGAUUGGAACAUUGAGAAUCGGUUCCAUAACUUAUCCAAUCAAUCAAGGAGUUACCAACAUUGGUAGACAUCCAAGGUGCAACAUCACAUUAAUUGAUCAAAUGGUAUCCAAGAAGCACGCAGAAAUCGAAUCUAACAAUGGUGAAACAUGGAUUUGCGACUUAAAUUCAUCGAACAAAACGAAGCUCAACAGUUCUGUUUUAAGACCUGGUCGAUACUAUGAACUAAAAAGUGGAAGUAUUGUUGAAUUCGGCACGAUACGGGCUGUAUAUUCAGAACUUGGUUCAAUGGAUGAAUCCCUGAUCCCAGAAAUUCGUGCACCAAAUUGUCUGGGGAUUGCAAAUACAGUUAUUCCGGAUACACCUGAUACGUCCAUAAAUGAUUCGUCUAUAUCGGAGCGCGACACCUCUAUGAUCCCAGGGACCCAAGCGGAAAAAGGAGACUCUAUAUUCCGACGACCAGCCGCACCUCCGAGAAGCUCUGCCAGCAGUCGUAAGACCUAUCCUCCGGAUUCUUCCAUUGAGAACAGUAUGAACGAGUCUGGAGGCUCUCCAGCUCUACCGGAAAAGAAGAACUUAAAUGAACAGACGGUCAGUAUCCAUGAUACGAAAACGCAGAAAUCACUUGAAUCUCAGAAUGAUUCGUGUAUCGGUAUCCGCGAUGUUGAAAUCCAAAAUAUCUGCUUAAGCAGCUGUAAUUCUAAACACUCUGAUAAUCAGAUCGACAUACACGACAUGGAGAUGCAACAGGACGAUAUAGACAACCAAUGCAAUGUAACAGUCAUUCGUGAUAUAGAAACACAACAUGAUGUGGAUAUUCAUAAUUUGAAGACGCCAAGAAAGACUGAUGUACAGAACACUUCUAUCGAAGGCGAUGAAAGUAUGAAUUUUGUUAAAGCGGAACAAAUAAAGAAAGCAGAAUUGAAGGUAGAUGUAUCCAGUAUGAAGGCAUGGAAGGGUGAAACGAAUUCAAUUAAUCAGUCCGAGAAAGCUAUAGUCGAAAAUGAAAAUUCCACACAUUCUGAGCAAUUUGAGAUUAGCCGGAGAGGUUCGCAGGAGUGUUUAGAGUUAUCGGUAACGACCAACUUCGACGAGGAAUGCUCGGAACUCGAUGGAAGCCGCAAUCUUCUAGAAUCGCCGAAUUUGUUAAAGGAAUUCAUUGACGAUGAUCCAGGGAACAAGUCUAAACCGAAAUCGAUCAGCCUUUCAAACUCUCCUGUGAAUAAGGAUGAGAUGAGUAAGAAAAGUAGCUACAAAGAGAAUAUAUCCGAUGCAGCAACACAAAUUAAUGUUAACACUGAGAAUAAUAUUGAAAGAGUGACGCAACGAGUUGAUUAUGCAUUUAAAGCUUCUAUGAUGGAAGAUGAUUCUGAUGAUACUGAUCAAGAGUGCGUAUUUCAGACGUACUUGCGAGUCAGUAGUCAGGAUAGCAGUCAGGAUAAAAGUCAAACAAAGAGGCAGUUUGAUAGCGGAGACUCCGAUAUUGAUGACAAAGGAUGUCCCACUGCGAUGACUGCAGAGGAAAAAGAAGCUACAUCUAUGUCCCUUGAAGACCGACACAAUGAGAGUAGGGAAAACAAGAAUGACGCUGUGUCGAGCGGGCAUUCUAAUAAUUCGUUUGAAAUACCCAUGCAACAGAUGAACCUUAAAGACAAAGAUUUUUCAAAAAAUGUCAGUAAAGAUAGCGUCGACUUUAAUACAUCAACGCAAUUGAUCGAAACGGACAAACCUGAAAACAUAACGGAGGAAAGAAAUGUAGAUAUUGAUACACCAACACAAUUGAUUGAAGUAAAUAAACCUGUAAGUAAUAUGGUGCACAAAGGCAUAGAGAAUGCAAACGAUUUAAUGUCAACGCAAAUUAUACCAAACAUGGAAGCUUCCAUAAACGCUAAUCUAGUAAAAUAUAAGGUUACGCAUAGCAAAGAGAAGGAGGAAGGUGAUGUGCAAUAUAAGACACCAAAGGAAAUUAGUGCAGAAAAUAUUUCUACCUAUAACGAAUCAUCGUUCAAUAAUUCUAACCAAUUAAAUUCUCCUUUAGAAGAGGAUGAAUUUGAAGACAUUAAAAGUAAAAUGGCGCCGACACAGUUGCCGACUGAUAUUAAGAAAAAGAAGAGGACUGUGUCACCUCAAGACAAAAGAAUGUCCAAAAAAGUGAAUUUGGAUGAUACUACAGAGAGAAGUCUGAAUAAGAUGUUUAUUGAUGUUAAUGAAGACAUCGAAAGUCAGCCACAAAUACCAACUCAAGUGCUUACGAAUAUGCUACAAUUGUCACAGAGUGAGGAAAAGUCCAUUAACCUUAAUAUUGAUAAAGAAUUUCGAAGGAGUAAUAGAAGAAGUAUGUCUACAAGUAAGACGAAAAAAAAAAACAAAUCUCCAGUAGCUAAACUAGAGGUAUCACCAUUGAUAACAAAUAGAAAGUCACGUAGAUCUAACUUGAGAAAAGCUACAAAUCAGGGUGACUCCCAUCAAGUCUAUUUCUCGAAUCUUACCUCGACGAAGCAACGCAAUAUUCUUGUAGAUUCUCAAGAUAAUGAUAGACUUAACGGAGAUGCAGUUGGUACUAAGAACGAAGUUGAAACAAAGUCAGUAAAUAAAAUUGUAAACGAUGAGAAUAUUGCUCCUGCAGCUUUAUUAAAGUCUGUGUCCGAAAAUUCGCCAUCGACAAGGCUUUCAAGAACAAAUAAAGUCGAGGAGUUGGACAAGAUUGAGCUCGUUGCAGACACAACAGAAUCGCCAAAGAGUAACAAGAACGCUGUAGGAGAUCCAGGAAAAGGUGAACGAAUAUGUAACACAUCAGUUGAUGUUGGACCAUCUGAGGAUUUUGUUACUACGCUGGAGUCUAAUGAAGAGGACAUUAUGUCGGGCUUACCCGAAGUUCGAAUUUUAGGAACGCUAUUGAACCCAGCAAGUCCGACUUCAUCGACGUCGACAGAAUUUAUGUUGUGUACUAGAAGCAUAAAACCAAAGUCUGGUGGGAAGACCUCAAAGAAGUCAACGCGAAAAUCAGUUGCACGUGUGAACACAAAAAACAGCGCACCUAAAACUAGGAAACCAAGGUCUACAGCAAUCUCAGGCAGUUUUGACAAUUUUGAUAUGAAUAGACUGCCGAUGACGAUACAAGAGAGCAAUGAGAAUGAAAUAAACAAGAUUAGGCCAACGAAGAGGAUGUCUUCACGUAAAUUGCUACAAUCAGAACCAAAUCCUCCACAAGAAGAAGUCAGCAAAGAGGUUCUGAUUGCGAAGGAGACUGAACCUGCGAAAAAAACUGGUACGAGGGCAAAGCGUACUGUUAAGGAGUCACUCAGUUCGACUGAUGUAACUGAAAGUACCGUCGUGAAAAAGUUUAAGGAGGUUGUCAAUAAGAAAACAUCUGUGGCUUUCAAAGGCAGAAAAAGUAACGCUAGAAGCAUUCCAGCUACCAGAAGCAGUUCCGCAAAUAUUUUGGACUAUGUAAUGAGAAAAGAUUCGCCAGUGUUCAACUCGGAUAGUUCGCAACAUUCGCUUACUAGCAGUCAAGAAAGUGUCGGGGCUAAACAGUUGAGAAUAAUGAUUACGAGAUUGUCUUCCGGUACUCCGACACUACCACAGUCUCGUAAUACAGCUGUAGAGCUAACGACCGAGAAUGGCCAAGCAACUAUCAAUAAUGCUACAAGUACUUUAUCUGAUAUACAGAGUGAUAAAAGUACAACAGCAGCGGCCGAAAGAAAUAAUAGUAGAAGGGCAACGGGCAAAUAUAAUGUGGAUGAUGUCAGCGCGCAAGGAGGAGAAGAAUCGCAGGAAGUCGAGAUGAUUAUGAACUCCUGUAUCAAGGAACAAGAUAUUAAUGUAAAUGUAAAGAACCAGGAAGAGACGAAUGAAAAUGCAAAAAGUGUUAGAACAAGAAGUACUCGGAAACGUGGGCACACAAGUACUAAUACCAGUGAAGAAAUUAUAGAGAACACUUCCUCGGAGGUAUAUGAGUUAGAUAACCCCAGCUUCGAGGUGCCUACAAAGGCCAAGCGCGCUAGAACUUCCAGAAAUACUACAAAUGUUGAUAAAGUUGCAGCGAAUGACACAACUACAAGAGAAAGAAGGAACAUUGCAACUAAUAAUACUGUAAGUAAAGAAACUACUAAAAAAGGAAAAAAGAAAGGAAGCGCGCAAAAGGUGGUUACUGAAGAGAAGAAUGAAGUCAGUAUACUAGAAGAAACAACGUCUUCAGAUAUUAAUUCUAGCAUGGAUAUGUCAGCUAUGUCAACACCAACUAGGUCAAAAAGAAAUAUGUCUACCUCAUUUGCAACAUCAUCGCCGUAUAAAAUAAAACAUAAAAUUUUAUUCACUGGCAUAUCCAAUGAUUACACUAAGCUGUUAACAAAACUGGGGUCAUCUCAAGUUGAAGACCCAACAAAAUGUACUGUGCUAGUCACAGACAAAGUUCGAAGAACUGUUAAGUUUCUGUGUGCAUUGGCACAAGCAGUGCCGAUAGUUUCAGUAAAUUGGUUGGUCGAGAGUGAAAGGGCGGGACACUUUGCGGAAUUGGAUAAUUAUAUAUUGAAAGAUCCUGCUGCGGAAGCUAAGUUCGGAUUUAAAUUAAGAAGCAGCUUGGAGAAGGCGAAGAAACAAAAAUUGCUGGAUGGAUAUACUGUUGUUCUAACGCCUAACGUCGCCCCACCAUUGCCGGAAUUGAAAAGUAUAAUUAAUUCAUGCGGUGGUAAACCAUUGGUUCGACCUCCAUCAAAAUGGCCUGAGAAAGCAAUUAUAAUUUCUGGUGAGGAAGAUAUUGCAAGUGCGAAAAAGUUCCUCGCGAAAGCUCCGAAAACGGUCACUAUACAGUCGACAGAGUUCAUACUAACUGGUAUUUUACGACAAGAGAUAGAUUUCGUUAAGUACAAAUUAACGUAAUAAUAAUAAUGUGUUAUGAGAGUGAAUAUUAUGUGAGAGGAAAUUGUGCAUAAUUAUUUUAAAUACUUGAUAUAAGUGCGUCUAUAUGAAUUAUCCAUUAUUUUUGUUAAUUUUAAUCUCCAUAUUUCAUAAACUAUACGUAGUCCCCAACCAUGAGAAGAUGGCACAGAUUUCGACAGUCGGAUACAGAGGGUAUCUGCCAGUCCCUACUCUUAGUAUAAAAUGUAUAAAGUUGAAUAUUUUUGUACAUUUACUAUUUGAAAAAGUAUUAAAAACUUUUCAGAAAUGUUUUGUUCAAA